AGGGGUAUUCAUCAUGGAAGCAGGGAGAUGAAUUAAGAUGCUGUUGCAAUAGUACAGACAAGGCCUAAUGUCUUCCUGGUUCAGGGUAGUGAGUGUUGGGAUAGGAGUGGGUGACUGAGAAGGAAAAUAAAGUAGAAGAAUCUGUAGGACUUGAUAGAUUGGAUGUUGAUAAUGGCAGAAAGGAGGGAGUGAAAGAAAACUCUGUUUAUAACUCAAGCCUGGAUUUCUUUACUGAAAUGUAAGAGACUUGGCAGAGUGGAUUGAGAGAGGGACUGGGUGAGAACAUGAGUUUCACCUGGGAUCAAUUGAGCUGAAGAUACUUGUGAUAUUACAUGGGGAGAUAAACACUAAACAAUUGAUGAUAUUGUUCUGAAGGUGAUAGAGGCUUACUACAUGAUACAUAGAGGUUUGCUGGACCUACUGCAUGAGAUUUAGAUAGUAUUUGAUGCCAUGGGAAUCGGUGAGCUUUUCAAGGCUCUGUAAGUGGAAUAUAAGAACAGUGCUUAGGAAAAAGCCCAAGGAAACACCAGUAUAUGAAGUACUGUUAGAGAAAAAACCAAUCACAGUUACUGGAUUGGAUGGCCAGGGAUGUAUCAGGAGAACCAACAUAUUCACACAGGAUAAAAGAUGAGAGUAUUUUAGAAGGGACAGAAGAGUCAAUAUUGUUACAUGCAAAUUAAGAGGAAAUGGAGAAAAUAAUUCUGAAAAGUGGCUAGGAUUUAGUGAUGUGUCAUAUUUGUGGGUAGAGUGUUAUGGUAAUGAGUAUGCAAUCAAUUAUUACAGAACAGUUAACGUAUCAUAUAGUUAUGUUCAUUUCUAUUCAGUUUUUUAAUGCACACUUAUUUUCUUCUAAACACACAGGACAAAGAGCAUGACAGGAAGAAAUCAAACUGUCAUCUCAGAGUUCCUCCUGUUGGGACUGCCCAUUAGAUCAGAGCAGAAAGACCUGAUCUAUGCCCUGUUCCUGGCCAUGUAUCUUAUCACUGCCCUGGGGAACUUCCUCAUAAUUUUCCUGAUUCAACUGGAUUCUCACCUCCACACACCCAUGUAUUUGUUCCUCAGCAAUUUGUCCUUCUCUGAUAUCUGCUUCUCUUCUGUCACCAUUCCCAAAUUGUUGCAGCACAUGCAGAGCCAGGUCCCACCCAUCCCCUACGCUGCCUGCCUGACCCAAAUGUACUUCUUCCUGUUUUUUGCAGACCUGGAGAGCUUCCUCCUCAUGGCCAUGGCCUAUGACCGCUAUGUGGCCAUCUGCUUCCCCCUGCACUACACCUCCAUCAUGAGCCCCAGGCUCUGUCUGUCCCUGGUGGGGCUGUGCUGGGUGCUGACCACGUUCCAUGCCAUGUUACACACCCUGCUCAUGGCCAGAGUGCAUUUUUGUGGAAACAACAUUAUCUCCCACUUUUUCUGUGAUAUGUCUGCUCUGCUGAAGCUGGCCUGCUCUGACACUCGAGUCAAUGAGCUGGUGAUAUUUAUCACAGGGGGCCUUGUUCUCGUCAUGCCGUUCCUACUCAUCAUCCUGUCCUAUGCACGAAUUGUGUCCUCCAUCCUCAAGGUCCCUUCUGCUCGGGGCAUCCACAAGGCCUUCUCCACCUGUGGCUCCCACAUCUCUGUGGUUUCUCUGUUUUAUGGGACAGUUAUUGGUCUCUAUUUAUGCCCAUCUGCUGACAAUUCUACUAUUAAUGAGACUGUCAUGGCUGUGAUGUACACGGUGGUGACCCCCAUGCUGAACCCCUUCAUCUACAGCCUGAGGAACAGAGACAUGAAGGGAGCCCUGGGCAGAGUCUUUUUCAAAAAGAAAAUUCCCUUCUGUGUAUGA